GUAUUCCUGACAACAACGAAAAUUAAGUAGUACUUAUUCGAAAUUAUUUGUGAAAUGUGUCGAUAAUUUUCGAAAAACUAUAAUCAUGAAACUGUUACAAAACUUUUCAAAAUGUUGUUUUGCUAGAUCAAACUUAACAAAACACAGACAAGGGUUACAAACAAGACAAUGCUCGAUGGAAUGUUGUUGCCCUGAGAAGCCACGUCAUUUAAUCUGCUUCAAGAACUGGACAACCGAAAUGGUAAUGAACAUAAUAAGGAGUGCAAUGAACUUGAAGUGUACCAUGAGGGACACGCACAGCAAGAGGAUGGACAUACUCCCGAACGCCAAGGUCGUGAUCCUGCAGGAGAUCAACGAGCCGCUGUUGAACAUGGCAGUGUCGAAGGCUGCCACACUACUAGGGGCUUACGAUGUGAACAUCACUGAUGAUAUGGUCUGGGAGCAUGACUAUAACGGAAGAGUAUUCUCGUACAUGGCGGACGCUAUCUUCGUGGCCACAACGACGCACAUGUGCGUGCAGCGGUUCGCGCAGCAAUCCUCAGUGCCGGUACUCUGCAUGAGGUCCAGGACCCACGCCUCUAUACAAGCGUUGGCCACCUUCAUGUCUAUUAUUGAGGAAUAUGGCACCAUGCGUUGUGUGAACCUGGCCUGGGUCGGGCCUCCGCAUCCUGUUCUGAAUUCGUACCUUCUGCUGUGUCCCAUGUUCGGAGCCAACAUACGAUUCAAAUGCUGUUGUAACGUUACUCCAGUGUCGCCCCUGCUGAAGAAAAUGAGCGAGGAAAUGUGUGAGAAGUCUUCGACGGUAACAAAGCAAUGCAAGGAAAUAAAAGAGGUUCUACAGAACGCGUGUAUCGUUAUAUCAGGGCCUACGCCGAGGAAGGAAAAACUCGAUGAGUUCCGAUUGGAAGUACAAGACAUAAUAACAAACACGCUUUGCAAUUGGAUCUAUUUCCACACAUGCCCUCGUGGUAAAGAGGUUGACGACUGCCUAUUCCACCACUGCAAUGCACGGACCUUCUGCGCAUUUGAGAACAUGCAUUACAUUGCUGCUGCGUUAAUGGCCUAUGCCAUAAAAGGUCAUCACUUUUAAAUUUCAUGACCUCCAUUCUCUGAACUUGCUGACAUAUUUCUAGGAAAUGUGCGCAGGGGAUUUGUUAGCAAGGAGUUUGUUUUUUUUAUGAAAAUAUUAUAAAGUAACUUUAGUCAUUUAGUCCUUCAAGAGGGCUUUUGGGUAAGUGUAUGACUGUCAAGAAAACAAGUCAAUUUGUUAAGAAUUUAUUCUACUAUAUUUUACAAAUUACUAUCUAAGUUCACUAUUUGUUACAUUGUCUGUUUUUGUAAUAAAUUUUUCAAAUUAU